UGAAUUAGUAGGGGUUUUAAUUGAUUUGUUUCUUUUGUGUAAUUUUUACUGUCAUUCCCCCUUUAGUUACCCCAUAAUACCUCUUGAUGUCAUCAAAGGAUGGCUUUAAAUCUAGUCCAGGAAAAUUAAGCUCUAGUUCAUCCAAUACUUAUGACCAUGGAGUCCAACAUAACUUGAGUGCAAGGACACAUGCCUCAUCCAGUGAUUGGAGGGCCAAUCGUGUCAGGCUAGGUGUGCCGAGUGCCCAGUCAUCAGAAUAUGCACUUCCAGGAUUAAGCACAAAUUACUCUUCCCGGCUCAUCAGGAGUGGAGGGAUUUUUGUGACUAGCAGAUCACGCUUCAAAGUUGAUAUGGGCCCUUGGCAUGAGCUGCCUGAGGAUAUUCUCUUGAAAAUUUUUGGAGAUCUUGCAGUCUAUGACCUUGGUUCAGCAGCAAGAGUUUGCAAGCACUGGAACAAUGUAGCUUCAAGUGAUUACCUCUGGAAGAAAUUAUUUCAAACAAAAUUCAAGCUAGAUCCAUCAAUACCCAUGUAUACCAGGGCAGAGAAGGGCUGGCGUGGGGAGUAUGUGAGAUUGGUUGACGAGGCCCCUGUAAUGCGCUGUGAGGUGCUCAAGGAUCAUCGCAGCUAUGUCUUGCAUGCUGCAUUCUCUAACUCUGGACUCUUCUUUGCCACUUGCUCAUUUGAUGCUCAAGUUAUUGUAUGGACUUCAGACUACCCAUGCAGGAUGGUGUAUCAGGCGGACCUGCAGCGCAAGUACAACUGGAAGUUUGCCUGCUACUCUCAGUUCAACAGUUCAGACACAUUACUCAUGGUGUCUGGGGCUUACUUUGGCACUGGACCGUUUCUUACAUCGGGAGAGGUUGUUAUUUUUGACCUGGAAGACGACUUCCGCCUCUUAUCCCGCACCAAAAACCGCCCCUAUGACCUCUACGGUGCUUGGAUAACUGAUGAAUAUCUUGUCACGGGCGAGUUAAAGUGGCUGCAGAACAUGCAUAGCACAAGUACGUUGCUGCUCAUCAGAUCCACGCAGGAGGUGGGCAGCGAGCACGUGCCCAUCUUGAGCACGCUGCUCAAGCUCUUCAACAAGAACUCAGCGUGUGCACGAUCCCUGCAAGUUGCUUAUGCCCCGGAGUCUGGCCCCCCUGCUGAGAAGAAAAAAAUCACGGCGAGCAAGGAGCCGACGGGUUCAGGCAAUAUUGUGUACCGCCCUGAAUACUUCACAGCUGAGCAGCAGCAAUGGCAGACGGAGUGUGAGGCAGAGGCUGCAGGAGACGAGGCUGGCUUGGAGAAGCCCCUGCCGCUGCCUCAGUCCCUGGACAACUGCCAGGAGCGUCUCCUCAUAUUCACCACCGGCGACAAAACCUUCACGCCUCACCAGAUUGGCGUGAUAAAGGUGCGACCAGAGAUGCCUGAGCGAGUGGAGGUGCAGCACGACAUCCAAGAGCUGCUCAGACGACAGAAGAACAUCAGACGACUCGUCCAGGAGCAGCCAGACGUCGACAUAGCUCAGUAUGAGAGCGUGCAGCAGCUGUGUCAUCCUAUUGACCACACCAUCGAGCUGGACGGCAACGCUGUUGGCAUGGCUCUCUCACCAGAUCACAGGUUCCUGUACGUCAACAGUCACCCAUGGCCCAACGGCCUGCCGCACUACCGCCCCGUCACGCCCGUGAGCGCUCCUUCCAUCGCACAACACGUCAACACGCACGUCUUCGAUCUCGCUACCUUCACUGAGGUUGGGUCUCUAGUUCAACUUGAUGCUGAUUACAUAUCAAGUGAUGAGUCAUACUACAUCUUCCCUUCGGUAUCUCACCACUACUUUGCGAGUGGCGGCAGCAAGUUUGGCCAGCUUUGGGACCGCCAUUAUGGCUUCUGCUUGGCUCGUCUCACCCACGACGACGCCGUGAGCUGUGCGGUGUUGUCUGCCGUGCGUCCUGACAUUUGCAUCACCGUCAGCGACGACAAGACUGUCAAGAUUUGGCGUUCACGACGCGCUGUCCGCAAGCAUCGCAUCGCUCGUGCCAAGCCUGCCGAGAUAUUGCUUCCCUCGGCCCACUGAUGUUGAAAUCUUUGGGUCUUUUAUAUUACUUCAUUGGCUCUUUGAUAUCGCUAUAUCCUUCUGGCAAAUAUAAGUCGUUAAUGGGUCUCGAGACAUGCUUAAUGGGAAAUUCUAUUGCAUAUCAUCUACUGGUGAAUUUACAACUAUUAUUUGAGAACAAUUUGCCACACUGAAAAAAUAUCCAAUGAUCAAAUUUCGAGGGACUUUUCUUAAUUAAUGCACUACCAACUAAGUAUUAAUUACUUCAUAAUUUAACCAGAAUACACUUUUUAACAGAAUUUCAUGAGGAACUUGCUUAAGAAGCAACAUCUCAUAUUUAUGAAUGAAUCUCUUAUUUUCGACAUUUUGUGCUUGAAUAGUUCAAGCUCUUCAAUUCUACUCUGGUUUUCAUGCCUCGUGCAACCUGGGCUGGUCAGGAUGAAGCCCUUUAACUGAUAUCCGUUGAUAUUUAAUAUCCAUAGCUAAGACGAUGCGUGAACGGGUGCGGGUAUUGCCAAAAGUCAAAAUCAAAUCAACAUUCACCAAUUUUAUUUCUAUUAUAGCUUAUCUUGCUACAAUUUUAACUAAGUACUUAUGUUAUCUUGCAAGCCAACGAAGGAUGGAGACCCUCUUUAUCUCUUAACGUAAUUUAAGCCUGAAAAUUCGGAACUAAUUUUCGUAAGUAAUUAGCCAUUGAUUUGAUAUAAACAGCCAUUUUCAAGUAUGGAAAUUCUACAUAAUUUCUGUAACAAUUGUAAGAAUUGGGCAGCCCGCUUUUAGGGCUGUGAUAUAAAUUGGUUACUUUCAUGAUAAUCGAUAAUUCGUUUCUCAUGCCUUAAUAUUAGCUUAGUUGUUUCGCAUUACUUGAUGCUUGCUUUGUCUUACCCUCGACGGCAUGGGUUCCCAAACUUCCAUAAUUGACCAUCACCUUGUACAGUCGAGGCAUUAGAUACUCGACGCGGACCAGCAUUUAUACGCAAUGUCAGAUCAUAGUAUUUAAUACAAAUACGCAAUCCCAGUUCAACCAGGAUGCCAGAUUGUCUUGUUUUAGGCAGUAAACAUUACUUCAGAGGGAAAAAUAACCAAAAAUCGUUCAAACUCCCGAAAUGUUCGCUGACCUCGUGAAAUAUUCUCAACUAAUAGUAGAGGUUUUCGUACCGAAGUUUGGGAACCACUGCCACUAUAUGCUUGUUAAAACUAAGCGCAGGCUUCGGUUUGUUGUUGUUUUUAAAGCUAAUCAAAUUAACUAAAGGGACAUGUUCUGGAUGAAUUUUGCCUCAAAAGUGUUUAAUUUUGUCUUUUUUAUAGGGAAAAAAUUAAUGCGUCAAAUUUUGCACAUCAAAUUUGCCUUCAAAGAAUCGUAAAUGUUUUCAGGAUCCAGCCGGAUUACUUUUACUUUACUUUACCUACACGAGUCUGAAAUCUGAUGCAUUGGCUUACAGCUUAAUUAGGUGAUUUAUACAUGAUUUUAAAGCCUCGAAAGAGUGACUAAUUCAGGCUGGCACUGUCCGUGUGUCCGUCGUAGCCCGUAAAACCCAAUUAAUGAGUUGACAAUUCACGGUCGUUGAGCGUCUGCCAUGACAUGUUUCUUGUAUAUUUUUAUUACGUGUCUAAUGUGCAACGGAGCUUUAGGCACCGCGUGCAGUUCUCUCGCAGGCCAGAAAUAGAAUAUGAAUGUUGGGUUCUGUCUCCCGUGUACCGUCAGUUUGGUUUUUAUUGCAUGUAUAGGUACAAAUUAAUGGCCAAAUGCAUCUUGCUGCCAGACUUACGAGAAACUCCUUCAUAUGGAACGAAGAACUUUUUUUCUCAAAUUAAAGUAAGCUGCAUGUUAGUUGGCUAGGGUCUGAAUGUCUUCCUGUGACUGUGAUAAUUUAGUGUUAUGGCAGAAUACAUAUUCUACUGCUUACAAAAAAUUAGUUCGAAUUCUUGUCAAUGGGUCGCUCUGGGUGGAAUUAGUAUUCAUUUGCCCUUUGUUUUCUCCUCUAAAAACAUGAUAAGAUAUUUUAUUAGUUAGAAUACAUAAUGGCAUGCUAUAAUAAUUAUAACAUCAUAAUAUAUGGAAAACAUACUAAUAGCACUCUUAACUCAUGGUUUGUAGUAAAUUAUUAUGUUUUGUUACUUGGCAUCUAUAAAUAUAAUGAAACGAAAAAUGCACAUGAAAAGAACAAAUAAUUCAUGGCAUUGAAUAACUGAGGAUGAGCAAGGAUUGAUAUCGUUGACAGCUUGCCUAACAGAUGUCGUUUGGAAUGAUGUUUGAAAGGCUGCUUGAAUAAAAUUAUCAGCACUUCUA